CGUUCAACGCCACCAAACCCCAAAUGGGGUGGCUUGCCGCUGCAGAUGCGCAGCCCCGCCUCGUUGUCGUAAUUUUGAAAGAAAUCUUGGAGCUCGAUUUGUCCGCCAUGUGAGGCAGGUUUCCAAGAAAAAGCUGGUGACUUUGGGGGUGUCGGACACUUCUUUGGGGUUCAGCAUCACCUUGUUCACCGACUGGUCUCAGUCGCCUCUGAGGGGGAGUGUGUAUUCGCUGCUCUAGCACGCGUGCCCCUGAGGCCUCGGCGGUGGAAUCUGAGACUAGGCCGUGAAUCUGGCAGUUUCACCCCGGGGGUGGAUCCCAGUCCCUGGUGCAGCUCCACUCGCUGGACAGAACCUCCAGACAAUGUCCGCAAGUCCUGCUGGGCAGCGGGGCGACGUCCGCAGGGACCUCAGAUGAGCGCUUCUGAGCAUCCUGGUGAGCAGCCUCUUCCAGUGCUGGCUCCGUCUUCUCUCGGAUUUCAGAUACAGGUUUUUGCUCCGAUUCUGGCUCAGGAUCAGGCUUGGGUUCCUCUACUUCUUCCUCAGAUUCCUUCUGCGGGCCAGUGACAAAACCACCACACACCGUCUUGGUGUCUGAAGACAUCGUUGUGAAUGUAGAACUGAUUUGUGACAAAGCCCUCAGGAGCAUGCACAGACGUCUGCAUGAAGCUCCCCAGCGCCUGGUUGGAGAGCAGCCCCAUGGCCUGGACCAUCGCGCCGGCGUUCAGGGUCGGGUGAGCGUCCUCGUGGCGGAUCUGAAUGUGGCAGUUGGUGAAGUUCUGCAACAUCACUUUCCCGUGCAUCUCCUCCUGGCCGUCGGCGGCAUCUGCUGGCUUGCCUUUUCAAUCCAGUCCCCGAUGGACGUAGGAAGAGUUCUUUCCAUAAAAUCUGUGUAGCUGGUCUGCCUGCCUCAGCAGGAACACUGCCGCACAAAUUCCCAGCCAGCCAACAGGGACAGGACUGCCCGGUGAUUAUUGCUGUGGUCAGUUCAACCCUUUGGGUGAGGCCCAGAGGGCCACGUCGGGGGCUCCAGGGCGGAAAGCGAAAAGCCCUUAUGCCGCUGAGUGGGCACUUGGUGUCACUUUGAAUAACCACUCCCUACUCCCUACCAGUUGUCCCGGCUCUGCGGAAAAUGAUGUUCCAGGUGAUUAUGAAGCCCAGCCACAGUAGUGAUUUGGAAGCAGAAGAUAGAAAGAUGCAACUCGGAGAGCAACAAGAAAUGGAAAGCAUAAGAAGAUCUAUAAUCCAACUGUACCUCAAGACCUCCAAAAUACAUGGUAGCCUACAAACCUCAAUGACAAUGCAAUUUAUUAGUCAUCAGUUCCCUGACUACCAUGACCCCACUAUUGAAGAUGCUUAUAAGACCCAAGUAAGAAUUGAUAAUGAGCCGGCUUAUUUGGACAUCUUGGAUACUGCUGGACAGGCAGAAUUCACAGCCAUGCGGGAGCAGUACAUGAGAGGUGGGGAAGGUUUCAUUAUCUGCUACUCUGUCACUGACCGCCAAUCAUUCCAAGAGGCCGCCAAGUUCAAAGAGCUCAUUUUUCAGGUCCGCCACACCUAUGAAAUUCCCCUGGUGCUGGUGGGUAACAAAAUUGACCUGGAACAGUUCCGCCAGGUCUCUACAGAAGAAGGCUUGAGCCUGGCCCGAGAAUACAACUGUGCUUUCUUUGAGACUUCUGCAGCCCUCAGAUUCUGCAUUGAUGAUGCCUUUCACGGUUUAGUGAGGGAAAUCCGCAAGAAAGAGUCCAUGCUAUCUUCGAUGGAAAAGAAACUGAAGAGAAAAGACAGCCUGUGGAAGAAGUUAAAAGGCUCAUUGAAGAAGAAGAGAGAAAACAUGACAUGAUACCCUUGCUGCUUAAUCCCUUCCUCUCUCUGAGGUUUAUCAGUUGGACAAUUCCAGAUGUUGUAUUCUGUUUCAAUAGUCUGCCUCUCGCUUUCUUUAAAUACCUGCCUAUAGGUAAAAAUGUGUGUACCUGUACCUCUUGGGAUGGCUUUGUUUUGCCCUUAACAGUUGGAUGGAUUUUGUCAAUCAGCUGGAUAUGCUGUUUAGUUUUUACAAUAUAUUACUAAAUAAAAUUGACAUUCCAAUUGCCUCA